GGACCUUCUUCUCCGUUCCGUACGAGCAGUCGGUUUAUUGUUCGACCGGUUCGGUUCGCCGUCGGGUUCCGACGGUGCGCUCGGAGAGCGGCAGCGACUGUGGGACCUGUGAAAAUGGAGAAUCGCUUAGCGAGAGAUGAACUCUCUGUAUUUUUGGAGUCUGGAAUUUAUCGCUUCCAGAAUUCCAAUUUCAUUUUCGUUGAUCCAGUUCGUGUUCUGAAUCGUUCGUACUUACGGUUUAGGGUUUCUCCUUCUGGUUACUACCGACGAUUCUUCGAUCAUGUGAAGAAGGGUUUGGAUAACAGGGAUUGUUUAUUGAAUGCGAGGAAGCGGAAGAGGAAGGAAAAGAAAUCCCGCUGCUUAAACGAGAAAGAACUUGCUGCCGAUCAACGCCACCAGGUGGCGAAGCCUUUGUUGCUUAUGGCACACGAGUCGUUAUUGCAAGCUACCGAUCUGUUGAGCGUAAUGGGCAGUUUAAACCGUGAGAUUGAUUCUUCAGCAGGAAGCAGAUGGGUAGAAUUGCCGAAUGAUCAUCAAUCAUUGAUCAAACACGGAGGGGUUUGGCAGGCGCCUUUAUAUGAAAUAACUCUCAAACUUCCUGAAUCCAGUCCAUCCAGUGAAGUUGCAGGAUCCUCUUUCAAGAACAGAGUAGUUCCCUUGUUUAAUAACCUGGUUGUCAAUGAGACCUUGAAUGAGGUUGAAGCUGAAUUUCUUGAUCAUCAAUAUAUAUUGCCUCGCGAAAGUUGCUUCUACAUGUCUGAUUUGAGGAUGGUUCACAAUCUUAUUCCUGCUACAGCUAGCUCUGGCUUCAGUCUUAUAGUGAUCGAUCCACCGUGGGAAAAUGGAAGUGCUCAACAAAAAUCAAAGUAUCCAACAUUGCCAAACCGUUAUUUCUUAGCUCUGCCUAUUAAGAAACUGUCUCAUAGCAAAGGAGCACUGGUCGCCUUGUGGGUGACGAACAGAGAAAAGUUUCAUCGUUUUAUCGAGUUGGAAUUGUUUCCUUCAUGGGGAGUCACACACAUUUCCACUUUUUACUGGUUAAAGGUCAAAGCGGAUGCUUCGUUGAUAAGUGAUCUAGAUCUCUUCCAUCACAGGCCGUAUGAAUGUCUUCUCUUGGGCUAUUGUCACGGUGAGGAUGACAUUGAAGACCUGAAAAUUUUGGAGCAAACCGUACCCAAAGAUCAAGUCAUCAUUAGCAUUCCUGGUGAUUACUCGAGGAAGCCACCAAUUGGAGAGCUUCUGCAGGAGUACGUACCAGGGCCAACGCUGGGUCGCUGCAUCGAACUGUUUGCUCGAGAGAUGACUCCCGGAUGGCUUUCUUGGGGGAACGAGCCCCUUCACUUCCAGGAAUCGCAACACUUCACAAGGACAUAGCCAUGGCCAUGCUAUGCAAUCCCUGUAAGCCCUGCAACUCUUCCCCCCCUUCUGCUGCAAUUUUUUGGUAGGCACAGAGAAUUCAAAACCUCACAGAACUGAAUUUGUUAAGAGGUUCAUGCAUCUGUCUUCAUGAAAAGGGGGUAGAGCGCUUGGGAUCAUGGUUGGUGGGGCUUGUUGCGUGAAAUUAAGUAAUGUGUCAUUUUCCAAAGCCAUGUUUAGAAAGGACUAGGACCAAUAUUUGGCUGCGCAUUAGUAUGUUAGGUUUUUCUUUUUCUUUUUAAUGUUUGUAGGUCGAGAUAGCUAGAAGAGAGUUGUUAGACGAACUUCUAUUACGUUGACGACAACUACCAUACCUAUAGAUUCAGUAGAGCGUGAGUACACUCAACAGUGUCUCACGAACACUGUGGGUAUGAUUAGAAUGUCUCUACAUUGAGUUGUGAACUUGUCAAAGCAGAGCAAGAAAUCACAUAGAGUCGGCCGAUUCAAGGGUCGCUCCCUCCGGUCACUUUUGUGUUAUGAAACUAUUAGGGGUAGAUCGACUAACCUAUUAAUUAUCUGUAGAUCAACCCGAGUUGCGAUGCUAGUUACUCCUAAUUUCCUCGUAUAUGUUAUCUUUUAUUUAAUCAAUUGGGCAUUUCUUUUGGGAAAAGUA